AUGGAAAACAAUAACUCAACUCUCAGCAGCAUGUUUACAUUUAGUGACUGCACAGCUGCUAUUGGACGUCAGUACAGCAGGCUAUGUGGAUCGAGCCGAAGUUACACAGAUGAUCUAGAAUCUUCUGGUAGAAGUCCAGAUAGGCGUAGAUCCUCCCCUCCUCCUACAUCUCGUCAUGAUACUCGCGGUCCGGAUUCUCGCGGUCCGAGUAUUCGCCAUCCGCAUCCUCCUGUCUCUUCUCAAGCCCAACCUUAUCAUCGCCCAUACCCAGACGGAGGAAGCAGAACUGAGAAUAGAACUGCUCAUCAUUCUAUGCAACUUUCACGUUACCAACAAGACACUCAUCAACCAAUGAAAUAUCCCAUACCAUCACCGAGUACUCAUCGCACCAGUGCGAAUCCUCGGGGGUUCGCUACGUCUAGUCGUCUCAGCAGCUCAUCGAGUCAAAUACCCCGUAGACCAAACUCUUCUCAACCCCGCGUGUUAACUAGCAAGAUUCAUAGUCAUGGCACGCAAGAUACAGGAGCUAGAUUGAACCUUACGACUCUAGGACCGAAUAGCUAUGCGCAUGUCUCUCCUGAUGUAUCGACAAGACCUGGAACUGCUGGAAGUGUAGCAAAUUAUCAGCCGGAUAGCUCGCGUUAUGGGAAGGAACAUGUGUGA